AUGAUUUACGUUUUCUUCUUCUCCAUCGUGAGCCUAAUAUUAUGGGGUGUAUUUCUGACCACUGGAUAUUUCUGCUAUCUCGUUCGGCAUUCGAACCACGGAAAGAAGAAGACGAGUCCUCGAUCGAAGACUGUUUCCUUGUGCUGUGUGAUGGGCUCAGGCGGGCACACAACGGAAAUGCUCGAACUUCUGAAAAAUCUUGGCAGUCAGUAUAAUCCUCGGUGCUAUGUAGUGGCUGACACAGAUCAGAUGAGCGAAGACAAGAUUUUUGACUCCGAGAAGCAGCGUGAUAGUGGCGCCUUUCAAGUGUGUCGUAUUCCACGAAGCCGAGAGGUUGGGCAAAGCUUCCUGACAGCGGUACCAACAACGCUGUAUUCUUUCAUUCAUGCGUUACGUAUUGUAUGGAAGGCUAGUCCUGAUCUUCUGCUCGUAAACGGUCCCGGAAGCUGCAUUCCGGUGGUGUUCGCAGCUGCAUUUUUCGACAUGAUUCGUCUCCGUGAUACGGUCAUAAUUUACGAAGAGUCGCUUUGUCGCGUUGAAAGCUUAUCGUUGUCAGGAUCCAUUCUUUACUUCACCGGUUUGGCUGAUGACAUUGUGGUACAAUGGAAACAGCUAAAGGAGAAGUACCCAAGGACAACGUUGAUCAGUGACUUAAAAUGA